UAAUUACAUUUUGUUUUUCCUUGUUUGUGACCGUGAUCAUUUCGAUUGUUUUAUUUACAUCAUGCUUUUCUGUGUUGUCUCGUGCAUACUUAUUUUAUGUUAAUGGUACCGUUUGAAAUUUUUAAAAUUAAACGAUUUUCUCCCAUGUUUACCUAAAAACUGCCAUUAUUUAGCUUCACUAUUCCAGAAGUAUAUAAAUAAAAUGUCAUUCUUUAUACGAAAAUCAAAUCGUGAAAGUGGUGUCAAAAGAAAAAAAGGAACGAAAAAUCAAAAGUCAAAUAAAAUAAAAAGGAAGGAAAAGAGCAAACCGGAUGACUUGAUCUCUAGUGAUGAUGACCUAAGUGGAAUUGAUGAUUAUACUCAAGGGUUUUCCAGUGAAGAAGAAACUGAACAGGAAAAAAAAUUGAGACUUACUAAAAAAUAUUUACAGCAAAUUGAAGAAGAAGAGCUUGCCAAAAAUGAAACUGAAGAUGCUCGAGGUGCUGUUUCACAGAGACUAAAAGAUGAAGCUUUAGAGGAAGCAGGAAGACUACAAAAGAAAAAAGCACAUGAAUAUGAAGAUACAGUGUCUGAUGUUCUCUGUGUGCUUAGAGGGCAUAAACUAAGUGUCACAUGCUUAGCUGUUUCUCAAACAGAAAAGUUUUUAAUUUCUGCAUCAAAAGAUGGUUCAAUCAUUAAAUGGAGUAUAGAAGAAAAAAAGAAAAUCAAAACCAUACCUGGUGGAAAGAAGGGCAGUGAAGGAUAUAUUGGCCACACCGACCAAGUUCUUGCUAUCUCCCUUUCAACAGAUGACAAAUUCUUGGCAACAGGCGGAAGAGAUAAAAUUAUAAAUAUUUGGAAUCCUGAUACUAUGGAGCGUAUUCAUACAUUCAGAGGUCAUAAGGAUGCUAUUACUGGUCUAGUAUUUCAAAAAGGAAGUCAUCAAUUAAUCAGUGCAUCAAGUGAUCGAUCUCUAAAACUUUGGACUCUUGAUGAAAUGGGCUAUAUUGAAACAUUAUUUGGUCAUCAAGAUGCAAUAACCGAUAUUGAUUGUUUUUUCACUGAAACAGCUUUAACAGCUGGUGCCAGAGACAAUACUGUACGGAUUUGGAAAAUUGUUGAAGAAUCUCAGCUUGUAUUUCAAGCUAAUGGGGCAUCAAUAGAUUGUGUAUGUGUAUCAAGUUAUCAGAGUUUUGUGUCUGGAGGAGAUGAUGGCUCACUGUUAUUUUGGGGCAUUCAUAAAAAGAAGCCGAUGUUUAAAGUGCCUUUUGCUCAUGGCUGUGAUCCUGAAUCAGAAGAACCAAAUUGGAUUACAUCAUUAUGUGCCUUGCAAAAUACAGAUCUUGUUGCAUCUGGUUCAAAUGAUGGCUACAUUCGUCUAUGGAAGAGAGAUGAUGAAAAUCACUCUCUAAUACAAGUGUCUGAAAUUAAAAUGGAGGGAUUUGUAAAUAGUCUCCGUUUCACACCUUCUGGAAAAUAUUUAGUUGCUGCUGUAGGUCAAGAACACAGGCUUGGACGAUGGAGGCGGAUUAAACCAGCUAAAAAUUGUGUUGUAAUAUAUUGUUGGAAUAAAAGUUAAUAAUAUUUUAUUUUAAAA